ACAUUUGGACAGUUGGGGUCGCUGCACCGGAAGUAGCGUCAUAGGAACGCUUGUAGCCGGAAGAGAGUUUGUUUAGCAGCCAUGAAGAUGACAGGAGAAAACAGAGCUGAGGGCUUUGAAAUAACAAUGGAUGACGUGAAAAACCUUAUUAAAAAGAAGGAUGAAAUUGAAGAGCAGAUAAAGGCAUACCACGAUGUUUUAGAAGACCAAGGUGUCGGAGUUGAGGGUCCUCUGGUUGACCCUGAGGGUUAUCCCCGAGCAGAUGUUAAUUUGUACACGAUCAGGGACGCGAGGCACAAUAUAUCAUGCCUACAAAAUGACCACAAAGCCAUCAUGGUAGAGAUAGAAGAAGCUCUGCACAAGCUCCACGCUGCAGAGAAAGCCAAGCAGGAACGAGACGAGGCAGAAAGCCAGGAGGAGCCGAUGGAGGAGCAGGUCGCUCUGCCUCCUCCCUUUGCUCGAGUGGAUGCCGUCACAUAUGGCUCACCUGCUUCUGGAGCUGGGCUCAAAGUAGGAGAUGAAGUCAUUGAGUUUGGCUCUGUGAACACAAACAACUUUCAGAACCUGCAGAAUAUUGCUGCAGUGGUGCAACACAGUGAAGGAAAACCUUUAUGGGUCGCUGUGAUCAGAGAUGGCCAAAAGGUUCAGAUGAGCCUGACUCCACAGCGGUGGUCCGGCAGGGGUCUGCUAGGGUGCAACAUUGUUCCAGUCCAGCAAUAAUCCACAUAACCUUAUUCCCGAUUUAAACCCGUGAAUCUCCUGAGUGUUUUCUACUCUUUACAGCAGAAGUUUGGAUCUAUUUUCAUUUUUCAGUUUCCUAAUAAAAAUCUUGAACACUUUCUUCAUACAAUGACUAAGAAUGGAAUAAAGUUAAAGUGCUGCAGCUGAUGAUUAAGCUCUGGAUACAUUCUUCUGUACGUCUAAAGAGGCCUUCUUUUGGAUUGAAGUUUCUUUUCUCUCUAGAGCAUGAAAGAAGAUGGUCAUGGUUGUUAAAGAUGCGAUGCUUCAGUAAUUCUUAUCCUGUGUGUACAUAGGAUUAUUCUAGUUGAAUAAAUAGUUUUCUUGAAGAAAACAUGUAAGAAACAUUUUGACUUGUAUGAAGUGAUGAAUUUUUGCAAUAAAUACAUUUCAUUCAA